AUGCAUUGGGAUUUACUGAAUGCAUCCGGGUUAGUGAGGAGCCAAGAUAUUCGAAGGAAACACGGAAACUACGCCUUGUUCGUGAAUCUGGGCCAGUUCCACUAUGGGGCCUACGGUACCUUGAUCCAACCGACGAAAGUUUCGCCGGCAGAACACUGUCGAAUCAUUAUCCUCAUGAAUGGUCAGUGGCAUGUAUCGUGGGAGCAAGCAUCGUACGGCUGCCUUCGGUGGAUGCAGGGUGCUACUGCCGACGGAGCCUGUCGCGUAAGCGACACGGGAAAGGUCUUAGCAGGAGCUUCUCCUGAGACAAGUACUCCAGUGCUCUGCGGGGAACAGGAAAAGCGGAAUGCCAUCCACGGCCAUCCACACCGUCAGCAGGAAUGGUGUAAAUGCAUAAGACGCUCUGACGCAGAACCUGUCGUUCGUUGUGUAGCCAGAGUGCAGAUGCGCAUUGCUGUAACACGGAAGGAAGCGGGCCUUGUAGGGCAGGAGGGUGUUUUUGGUUCGGCGUAUGUGAUGUACGCCCGUAGAAGCAAACUCAUCCGCUCCCCGUUUCAACCAGUGGGAUAUCAGGCAUCCAUACGUGCGUCGAUACUUGAAGAGGUCUGGAGUUGCAGCUUUAAAAUAAGCCUUGUCUUUGAGGCCAUUGAUGCAUAUGCCCAUGCUGGCAAAUGUAUGGAGUUGCAGUGUGAGAAGCAGUGGGGGCCCAUGCCGGUCAAGCCUUGCCCUGAUUUGGUAUCUGCUGAGUGGGUUGUUUCUUCUAUGCAAUAUGCGUUUGUGAGAAAGUUUGACCCCACAGACGAUCUCACUGAACUGGUGAAGCAGCAUGCGUGCAGCACCAUUAGGAAGCAGCAAUGA